GCUAACAUUGUUGUGACCUCGCUUACUGAACACCUGACUACAAUCGUCACAUCCCACCUGAACCCAAACCACACAAUUACAACAUACAUUACAGCAUAAAUACACUGCACAGCACAUGAUGACUGUCUGGCUGAUGUUUAACUAAAGCUCUUAAAUAAGGGUCGUUUUAAAGCCGUCCAGCUAAGAAGUUACUUACUCCAGAGGUCGAGUGGACAAAGUGGGGAGACGCAUAACACGGAUCCACCUGAGAAAUGCAGUCUGUGGUGAAACAAAACCUCCAUGCGGAGUGCGAAGGAGACAUCAAUAAACUCAUAAACCUGAAGCUCAACGCAUCCUACACCUACCUUGCUCUGGGGAUGUAUUUUGACAGGGAUGAUGUUGCCUUGCCAAAAUUCUCCAGUUUUUUCCUGGAGCGUUCAUUGAAGGAGAGGGAGCAGACUGAGAUGCUGCUGGAAUAUCAGAACAUGAGAGGAGGCCGAAUUUUGCUUCAGACUAUUUCUAAACCAAGUAGAGAGGAUUGGAGAGGCGGUCUGGAUGCCAUUUCCUUUUCCCUGGACUACCAGAAGUCCUUGAACACUUGUAUCCUUGAUGUGCACCGCAGAGCUGGCAGCCACACUGACCCUCAUCUGUGUGACUAUCUGGAGCAGAACUUUCUCAUCGACAGCCACGACACCAUCAAGAAGCUCGGCGACUAUGUCGGCAGUCUGACCCGCAUCACUGCAUCGGAGACCCACGGUGCUAUGGGAGAAUACCUCUUUGAUAAACACACUCUGUAAAGGUCACAGCAGUACAGUUUAAAAGCUCCACAUUUCAAUAUAGAUCCAUAGAGUCAAUGAGUGGAUGAGGCCCUCACAUUGCACUCUUCUCCGUUACGUAAACUAUACAACAUUUCAGUUUACCCCAAACUUCAUUCUUGUAGCAAUUGCACAAGAGAAGUACAAAAAAAAAAACAGAAAAUACCUCAAUUGUUCUUUUCAACAGAAAAAUAAUGUUCUCAUAGCUAUGGUGCUAAAAACAACCAUUUUCCUACUCCGUUAGUCAUUCACUUGUACAUUCAGACUCUGUAUCAUGUGUCAUGCAUUCCAGUGAUUCAAAGGUUUUAACCAUCACAAACAUUUUGUUAAAAUAUGUACUAUUUUGAGCCACAAAAAGAUUUUAAAAGUUUCAGACUUUAAAUAUCAUGGAAACAUUGAAUAAAGCUAGAUUAUGCGAACACCUUGUUUUUUG